CUUCUCUCCUCACCUCUCUCUCGCCCCCAACAACAACCACCACCACCACCCAGAAUGCCCCCCCGCCCAGCACCCCUAACUCUCAUAGUCGCCACGACCCCAAUCCCCACACCCCCCUCAACCACAACAACCGGCCACACCAAUGGCCCCCUCCGCCUCGGCAUCGGCCUAAACGGCACCCUCCCGUGGCCACGCAUCAAAACCGACAUGUCCUUCUUUGCGCGCACCACCUCGCGCGCACCCACUCCCAGCAGCACAAACGCCAUCCUCAUGGGCCGCAAAACCUACGACUCGAUCCCGGCCUCCCUCCGCCCGCUCGGCAAACGCAUCAACGCCGUGAUCACGCGGUCCGUCGACGACGUCGCGCGCCGCGUGCAGCAGGAUUUGGACUCAAAACAGCGGAAGGAAGAGGAGAAGAUGCGCGCGGCUACACAGGGCCAGGGGCAAACGAAAACACCGCAAGGGCCGCAGACCGACGCGAUCGUGUGCGCGGGGUUGGAGGAGUCCCUCACAAAUCUGGAGGCGAGGUAUGGCGCGGAGGACCGGCUGGGCCGGUUGUUUGUGAUUGGCGGGGCGGAGAUCUAUGGUGCGGCGCUGCGGGUGACGACGCGCGGGGUGCGGAUUGUGAUGACGUUUGUGGAGAAGGUGGCGUUCCAGGAGGAUCGGGGGCAGGUGUUUGAGUGUGAUACUUUUUUCCCGCUGGAUGAGGAAUUGUUGCAAGAAAAGGGGUGGCGGAGGGUGAGUGCAAGGGAGGUGUCGGAGUGGGUCGGGGAGACGGUGACGGAUGAGUGGAUUGUGGAGGGGGAGGUGAGGGUCAGGAUGGUGGGGUAUGAGCGGGUGGAUUGAUCAUCGAUCGGUUCCUACGGAGGGGGGAAGAGGAAGUGACAAUGUACAGUCUGUAUGCAAGGU